GCUAUGACCUAAAUAUGGAUAAAAACAUUCAAAGAUUUACUCGAACUUGCUUACAACUCUAUAACCCUCACGAAUGCAAAGGAACGUGGAGCGGAAAACCACCAUGUUGUAUACCAAGGUCGUGUCCGGAUCCUAACAAUUCCAACUUCACAAAUGGACGCAUGCAAGGGAAUGCGUAUUUUUACCCAAUGACAAUCUCACUAAAGUGCAUAAAUGGUCACGAACUCGUUGGCGGAGGACCCUACUUUCAGUGCAAUCAAAGUGGUCAGUGGCAUGAAGUAUCAAAACACAGUAACGAGGCAUUAAACCAGCCAACAGAAAGAAUCAAUUCAGAACUCGAAAAAGUCAAGAAUUGCAUAUCGCCAAUACCAGAAACAAUCAGAACAAAACACUUUUUACCCAAAGUGAGACAAUUCCCUACCUGCCAACCUGUAUGGUGUGGACGACCUCCUUUGCUACUGAAUGGGAGGUAUGAAGGACACGUCUUUACCUACGGAGCGAUGGUACUCUACCACUGCAACGUGGGAUACUGUCUCGUUGGAACCAAUACCUCCAUUUGUUUGAAAGAAGGUUACUGGCUUUCAAACACACAGAGAAAAUGUCAAAUUCUGAAAUGUCCUAAUUUACAAUCGAUAUCAAAUGGUUCAGUUUCGGUGUCGUCAAACUUUUUGGGCGGAACGGCUACUUAUCAAUGCAAAAUUGGCUUUGAUUUGAUUGGUUCUCGUACAAGAUCGUGCCAGGAACAUUCAUCAACGCAUUGCAGCUUGACAUGGACUGAAAAUCCACCAACAUGUAGAGCUAAAGAUUGCGGUGAUCCGGGUGUCAUUAGUCGUGGAAGAAUAGCCGUGAUCCAAGGAGACGGAAGGCGAUAUCCAAGUUACAUCCAGUUUAUAUGUAGUCUAGGAUAUCAAAUUGUCGAAGGCACAGAGUUUAUGACAUGUUCAAGUUCAAAAUUGUGGAAGGGAAAACGGCCAAAGUGUCAACCUGUUUAUUGUGGUGAGUUGGAACAACCCAAGCAUGGCGAAAUUAUAGGCAACAACUUCUAUUUUGGAGAAUCCGUGACGUUUUCUUGCAAUAGAGGAUACAUGAUGAUAGGAAAAAAGACAUCAACGUGCGAGGCGUCUGGUACAUGGACCAAUACGCCACCCAGAUGUAUUGAAACGAGAUGUUUUCCAAUUCAAAGACAAAAACACGGUCGUGUUGUUGGAAACGGCAACAAAAUUGGGUCUGUUCUUGUAUUUAAAUGUACGCUAGGAUAUGCCCUGAAGGGAUCUUCAACACUUCACUGCGUCCAAAUCAAAAAUUUACCAGCAAAAUGGAACAUGCCCAUACCGGAAUGCCAAGGAAUACGGUGCGAGCCCUUACAGCCUCCUGAAAACGGGUUUAUCAGUGGCAGGAGUUACACGUUUCCGAAUUAUGUUGUGUAUGUAUGUAAAGAAGGAUACAGACUUAUUGGAGCAUCAAAACGCAACUGCAAUGCAUCUGGACAAUGGAGAGGAUUAGCGCCAAAUUGCCAACGUACUACAUGCCCAUCAAUUCAAAACCCGCUAAAUGGAGAAUUGGUUGGCGAUGAUUUUUCUGUAAACUCUACAGUUCAAUUCGUUUGUAAUGCCGGAUAUGCUGUGCGAGGUUCGUCUAAGUCUACCUGCCUUUUGCAAGGAAUGUGGUCACAUGACCCUCCAACAUGCCAAAUUAUAAAAUGCGCAUCACCGCCUAGACCAAAGUUUGGUAAAGUAUUUGUUUCGCAAACUCAUGUCCGAAGCGUUGCUCGGUACUCUUGCUCAAUUGGGUACAGGCUCGUUGGCGUCACUCACAGGCAAUGUAGACAAACCUCUAAGUUUACUGUCGAAGCCACGUGGAGCGCUGAGCCUCCCAAAUGUAUUCCUGUGAGAUGUUCUACACUACAUGCUCCACUAAACGGAAAAAUUGUUGGUGGCAAUUUCUAUUAUCCAAAUUUCGUGCUUUACUCGUGUGACUAUGGAUACCAGAUACUUUCUGGUAACAGCACUAGAAAAUGCAACGAAAUAGGAAAAUGGACAGGCAUUGCGCCUUUGUGCAAAGGUGUUUGUGAAGUUGCAAGACCUAAUUGUUCAAACGCUGAGAUUUGUGCAGCAGACAGCGACGGCAGUGCAACGUGUAUAUGCAAAUCGCGGUCUGCUUGUCCAUUAGAUGUCAGACCGGUCUGCGGUUCUGAUGGGAGAACUUAUAUAAACAAGUGUUUAUUGGAAGUCGAGGCAUGCCUGUUUGGAUCAGAUUCAUUAAGAAUGAUUAGUCAAGAAGCUUGUGAGUUCUCUUGUCAUGUCUGCCAUUCAAAUGCUGAUUGUGUGGAAAAUACCAAUUGCAGCUGCAAACCUCGUUUUAUUGGUGACGGAAGAGAAUGUUGUUUUGAAGAAUUGAUCAACCAGGUGGCGUUACUUGGAUCUGCAGCAUGGUUCGAUUGCCAAGAAUCGUGCGAUCUUCCGUUUCGUUCUACUCAAUGGUACUUGAAUGGUCAACUUCUAGACCACUUAGAUACUAAAUCUAGAUUUGCGGUUUCAACAAACGGACAAGGACUUUCAAUUACAAAACUAAAGUUAGAAGAUGCUGGUGAGUAUACAUGCAAGGUGACAAGCUACAGGAUUACUUACGAACGACAUGGACAUUUGGAUGUCAUCGAUCCAAGCAACCAAUUUUCGACAAUUUCUCCAUGUUCAUCCGAUUGUGGGAAAAGUUGUGCUAGAAAGCCAUUUGUUGCUGGUGGCGACACGACUAGUCCUGGUGAAUUCCCAUGGCAAGCAAUGCUGUGUUCUCCUCGGUUGGGACAACAUUGUGGAGGAGUUCUCAUUUCAGAGAGAUGUGUGCUAACAGCAGCACAUUGCUUAAAGUAUCAGAGCAUUAAUAGAAAAACUAUCACAGUUUGCUUGGGCAAACAUUGCGGCAAUUGCUCCGAAUCUGAUUCUCUCUCCAAUUCCGUUUGUUCCAAUUCAUCGUCGAUAAUCAUACAUCCAAAUUUUAAUCAAACUUCUUACGACCAUGAUAUUGCCGUUUUGAAACUUGCUCGUUCGGUUAACUGCAAUUGUCGAACGAUCAUGCCUGUGUGUCUACCAGACAAGACAAGAGAUUCGUCAUACAUCCGUGCUCAACAAAACGGCAUCGUCACUGGAUGGGGUCGCGUCAAUUCGACUGUCAGCAGAUCUAGAUGUUUACGUAAAUGCGACGUCAGGUUAAAAUCUCGCCGUCUUUGUCAAAUAAAGCAUCAAGGUUACCAAAUAACUGAGAGCAUGCUGUGUGCUACUGAUUACAACGGUGCCUGUGAAGGAGACAGUGGCGGACCUCUGGUGGUAAAGAACAGAAAGUUUGGAGGUCGCUAUGUGUUGGCAGGAGUUGUGAGUUGGGGAAUUGGUUGUGGCGAAAAGACAAAGUUUGGAGUCUACACAGAUGUGAUCAGUCAUCUUGACUGGAUCAAGUCGACUUGUGGCAUCAACUGAAUAUUGCAGUUUAUAGAGAUUAUCUCGUUUCUAAGGAAGACAAAGAACUUUGAGUUUUCUUUCUGCUUUUUUGCAUGCUUGCGUUCGUCUGUUUAGACGUAGAAAAGGUUAAUGAAUCGUGAAAACAAGAAUAUAGCAAAGUCUUCGC